CUGCCUCCGGCCGGGCUGGGCGAGGGCGGGGGAGGAGGUGGGAGCCCAAUCCAAGAUGGCGGUGCAGGAAUCAGCUGCUCAGCUCUCAAUGACUUUGAAGGUGCAGGAGUAUCCCACUCUCAAGGUGUUAUAAGCUAACACAAGUGAGGAGAGGAAGCCCAUUCAAAGGAGAGCAUAGUUCUGUAAUGGUUCCCCUCACCUAAUCUGGUGCCAUAUGAAACACUGAACAAACGCUUUCGAGCUGCACAGAAAAACAUUGACCGGGAAACGAGCCACGUCACCAUGGUGGUGGCAGAGCUGGAGAAGACACUGAGCAGCUGCCCUGCUGUGGAUUCAGUUGUUAGUCUCUUGGAUGGAGUAGUUGAAAAGCUCAGUGUUCUGAAACGAAAGGCAGUUGAAUCAAUCCAGGCUGAGGAUGAAAGUGCCAAGCUCUGCAAGCGCAGGAUUGAGCACCUGAAGGAGCACAGCAGUGACCAGCCGGCUGCCGCCAACAUGUGGAAGAAGAAGCGCAUGGACCGGAUGAUGGUGGAGCAUCUCCUACGCUGUGGCUACUACAACACAGCUGUGAAACUAGCAAGGCAAAGUGGCAUUGAGGACUUGGUAAAUAUUGAGAUGUUUUUGACUGCUAAAGAAGUAGAAGAGUCACUGGAAAGACAAGAAACUAUGACUUGCUUGGCUUGGUGCCACGACAACAAAUCCAGGCUCAGAAAAAUGAAGAGCUGUCUGGAGUUCAGCCUAAGGAUUCAGGAGUUCAUUGAGCUCAUCCGACAGAACAAGAGACUGGAUGCUGUGAGACAUGCAAGGAAGCAUUUCAGUCAGGCUGAGGGCAGCCAGCUGGAUGAGGUUCGACAAGUGAUGGGAAUGUUGGCCUUUCCUUCAGACACUCACAUCUCUCCCUACAAGGAUCUCUUGGACCCUGCUCGAUGGAGAAUGCUGAUCCAACAGUUUAGAUAUGACAACUACAGACUACAUCAGCUGGGAAACAACUCUGUUUUCACUAUCACACUCCAGGCAGGCCUUUCAGCUAUAAAAACACCGCAGUGUUACAAAGAGGAUGGGAGCUCCAAGAACCCAGACUGCCCUGUGUGUAGCAAGUCGCUGAACAAGCUGGCUCAGCCCCUGCCCAUGGCACACUGUGCCAACUCCCGGCUAGUCUGCAAGAUUUCGGGGGAUGUGAUGAAUGAAAAUAACCCUCCCAUGAUGCUACCAAAUGGAUAUGUCUACGGCUACAACUCUCUGCUUUCUAUUCGCCAAGACGACAAAGUAAUUUGCCCAAGAACCAAAGAAGUCUUCAACUUCUCACAAGCUGAGAAAGUCUACAUCAUGUAGGUCAGUGGAGCAGAGGCUGAGGUGCCGCUGAGCUGACACAGUCAGUGUGUGUUGGGCAUCCCCUGGCAUGGGGGGGGGCCUUCAUGUGUGGCAAAGAAGCAAAACCUGCCACCUUGGAUCAGACUUGUCCGUGGCAUUCUUGUUUCUUGCGACCAAAGAAUCAAUGAGCAACAAUAAACACUCUUAAAAAGAAAGCAAAACAAA